AUGUGGCAAAUGAAGAAACUUAAGAUAGAUUGGAAUGAAGCAGUGAAACAAAGACUAAAUGGGUUGAAUGUGAUCAAUGUGUUUCGCCUCAAAGCCUAUGAAAUUUCAGCCAUAUACAAAGAGAAGAUGAACAAGUACAAUGACCAAAGGAUUGAAAUGCGAGAAUUCGCUAGAGCUGAUUUGGUGCUUAUAUUCAUCUCUAGGCUACGCUUGUUUCCGGGCAAACUCAUGUCCAAGUGGAUAGGGCCAUUGCUUAUCACUAAAGCGUUGUCACACGGAGCGAUUGAGCUGGAGAAUAAGGAGGGUGCAAAGUUCAUAGUCAACGCAAUUUUACAAAGAACCAUGAUAAAUCUCCAGUAA